CGUCGUGAACACAUCGUUUCGAUCCGAAAUCGCAACCAAGUCAGUGCAAAUAAGAAUAUCCCAUCUCUAAAAGAAUACAUUAAUUAAAGCAUAAAAGUAUGAUUUAUGGUUUUACAUUCUACCGCCAUGCAUCAAUAGCCUACGUUUAUCUAUGCAAUUUUUGCCUAUAUUCACAAUUUAUGGCAUAUCAUUUUCAUUAUAUGUUAAAAAAAACUUACAAUUCCUUUUAGUGCUUUUUUAUUUGUGUGAAAAAAUAAGUUGUUCUAUCGAUUACAGCUCCAAGUGUCUAAUGAGAGAAUUUUUGAAUUUAAAUAAUUUUGGGAUCAAAUAUUUGAAGAAAUAACCCCAAGAUUAAAAAUUAGUGCUGAAGUUUGAAUCUUAUGACCACCAAAUACGGAUUGCACUUUUGAAUAACAGAAGUAAAAAAAAAGUGUUGAACAUUAAUAAAGAGUGAGCCGUUUAAGAAUCAACGUAAAUUUGUCUAAAAUAAUUAACGUCUCCUCAUGCAAAUUUGUUUAUGCUUAAGCAUAAAAAUCAUAGUUCUCGCAAAUAUGGGCCACCUUCAAACGUAUUUAUUUGCAAUACUAGUUACAGUGGCCUUUACCAUCACAGUUGUUGCUGAUCGAAAUCCAAAAAAACGUCAAAUAUAUCGUGAACAAGUGUUGCCACAUGCAGGUGGGAAAAUUCCUGACACAGCUUUUGAAACUGACCGUCUCUUUUUGAAUCGAUUACAGAAGGAAGGCAUCUCUAUGCCAGAUGGAGUCGUAACUGAGCAACGCAAUCCACAAGUGUACCAAUACUACAGUAAAAGCCCAAGAGUGGUAUUUCAAUUAGCGCUCAGCUCAGAUGGUCGUUACACUCCCGACGAAGGCAGAUAUCAUCACUAUGACACACCAUCAAUUGAGACCACUUAUCUCUACCCACAAAUACACGGACGAUUAACUGAUACAUCUCCAUCAAAGAGAGCCUAUCCAACAUACAGACAGCUGCAAUUGCAUAACUCUCAACUCAAUCAAGUCAAAUUCCAAGCUAAAAAGAAAACACAAUACCUGGGCAUAACACCAAGUCUGAACAAAGGCCAAAGCACUUCAUUUAGGACACAAUCAUACCAGAAUUUCAACGUAGUCAACACACCAUUAGCGCCAUCAGUUUCUACAGCGGCGGUAGCGGCCAGAGGGAGCGGCAGCAAAGUGGACUAUUACGUGCCCAACGAGAGCUCUUCUGCACAACUAUUCAGCGAGUUUGAUGAGCUCUUUAACAACUUCAAUUUGCAUGAAAAGCAGGCGACCAUCAAUGGCGAAGGAGCAUUUUUCAGCUCCAAACAUAAAAUCUAAGAGUUGUAUACCGCAGCAUUAUGUGUACAAUGAUUAAAGCAUACUCGUGUGUACAUUCUCACAUAUGUACAAGCAAAUUAGGUGAUACUUAACUAACAGCUUGGUUAUUAUAACAACUUAUAAUUAUUUGUGUAAUUUGUACAAUAAUAAAUUACUUUUACAGAUUAAUGAUUAUAUCCCAUGCUAAAAUUAAUGGAAUAAUUUAAAAUCUCGCAACUGGCAAAAAGAAUUGCUUUGCUGGAGUUAGAUGAUUGCCUUAAAAUUUAGAUAAGAGCUAAAAAGCAAAUUUUAUAAAAACUUUAUUUUCCUAAUCUGUUUGCAAAUUUUUUUGUGAAACUUUACAUAAGGUGCAUUCUUUUGUAUCUCGGCUGCAAGCAAGGACAACACGCUCAAAUGACGAAAUACCUGCAAAUCAACAACACAAACUAGGCUAUUUAUCCGAGUUCAGCCAGGUCGGUUAAAAAAUACGGCCCCGGAAGGGUAGUGUUGGUAUCUAAGUGAAAAAACUGCUCUAUUGUGAAUUGUUAAUGGGAAAGUGGAAAGGGAAAUUUUUGUUUUCGUU